AUGGCCUCCCCCCGUCCCACCUCCCCUCUCACCUCGGGUGCUGAGUCUGGCCCCGACUCCAAGUCCGCCGGCGCUGGAGCCGCUGCUGCCUCCGGUUCCUCCGUCAGCCGUCCCUCCUCGCCCACUGCCCCCGGCGGUCCUCGCGCUGCCAUGCGCCGCCGUGCUACUGCCGACCACAAGGAGACUCUGCGCAAUGCCCGUCCUAGCUCCACCCGCUCUGCUGGUGCCGGCGGCUCCUCCGGCACCAUGCUCAAGCUCUACACUGACGAGAGCCCCGGUCUCCGCGUGGACCCCGUUGUUGUCCUGGUUCUGAGUCUGGGCUUCAUCUUCUCGGUUGUUGGCCUGCACGUCAUCGCCAAGAUCACCCGCAAGUUCUCCGCAUAA